GGGGAUGGCGGCUGCAGCCUCGGGUCCCUCCCUCCAAGUCGCUCUGGUACUUCCUUCCAGUGUGGAAAUCGAUCGGUUGAAGUUAUGCAUUUGACCUGCAAGAGCCACGCUGCCGGUGCUUCGGGGAUCUUGUGAACUGGAACGGGAAAGGAGCCCGCCGGCAGGUGGAAUGGAGCAGCCAUGAACGGCGAUGCCCUGUGCCAGGAGCCCUCCUCCCCGCUCCCCGACUGGAGGGAGUUCUGCAAGCUGCACGCCCAGGCAGCCGCCGUGGACUUCGCCCAGAAGUUCUGCCAGUUCCUGAAGGAGAACCCCCACUACGACACCCCCGGGGCAGAGACCUCCUUCUCCCACCAUUUCACCGCCAACUUCCUGGACAUCUUCAGCCUGGAGGUCAGCCGGGUGUUCGUGUCCGACUCGCCCACCAAGUACAACAUCGUGCCCUUCGUGGGGCUGCAGAACUGCCACGUCCCCUACGGGCGGGAGGUCACCCCGAGGAAGGAGGAGACGUCCACGGAGUCUCUGGACAGCAUGGACGCCCCGCUGGGCGCCAGCCGGUACCUGACCCCAGCCCAGCAGGUGCAGGCUCACAAGGUCUCCUCCUACGGGCAGUCCCGCAGCUCGGAGGACGUCUCCAUCCACGCCGCUGCCAAGCCCAAGUUCAAGAAAGGCUUCUCCCUGAGGAACAUGAGCCUGUGCGUGGUGGAUGGCAUGAAGGAGAUGUGGCACCGCAAAUCCUCUCCGGAGCCGGGCGCCGAGGCCGCUCUGGGCGGCCGCAGAGCCGACAGGGAGCCGUGGCCGGCCGGGGGCAAGGAGCCUGGGGACCCUCGGGAGAAAUGGACACACAAGCUGCGCCUGUCCAAGGUGCCCUCGUCCAAGGUGGAGCUGGUGGACAUCCAGAGGGAGGGGACGCUGCGCUACAUGGUGGCCGAUGACACGAACUGUGUGGGGAGCUCGCAGUGGCAGAAGUGCCGCCUCCUGCUCCGGAAAGCGGUGAAGGUGGAAGGAGAGAGGUUCCUCCUGGAGUUUUAUGUCCCUCCAAAGGCUUUCUUUUUUAAGGUGAGCAUCUCGCUGUCGGCCAUCAUCGAGGUGCGCACCACCAUGCCCCUGGAGAUGCCUGACAAAGACAACACCUUUGUCCUAAAGGUGGAGAACGGGGCAGAGUACAUCCUGGAGACCAUCGACUCCCUGCAGAAGCACUCGUGGGUGGCUGAUAUCCAGGACUGCAUCGACCCUGGGGACAGUGGGGAUGACAUUGAGCUGGUGUCCUGUGCACAAGGACCCUGUCUUCCAGGCAGGACAACCUCGUCCAGCUGUGAGUUCCUGAAUGAUGAGGUACCCAGGCCACCAGACAGAUGUGCCCUGCCCAGCGCUCACAACACUGCCAUGGCCACCUCUGUCCCUGUGCCCCACAGCCGGGGCAGGGACUCCCUGGGGGAGCUCCUCACCCACGUCCCACUGGAAAGUUUCCUGCAGACGCUGGAAUCCUCCCCCACCGCUGGUGGGCACCUCACAGGGGAGGACAGCGAGGCUGAGGCAGAGAUCAACCUGUCUGACUUCCCCUGGUUCCAUGGGACUCUGUCACGGAUCAAGGCAGCCCAGCUGGUGCUCUUCGGGGGCGCCCGCAGCCACGGAUUGUUCGUCAUCCGGCAGAGCGAGACGCGGCCAGGGGAGUAUGUGCUGACCUUCAACUUCCAGGGGAAAGCCAAGCACCUGCGGCUGUCACUGAACGAGAGCGGGCAGUGCCACGUGCAGCACCUCUGGUUCCAGACCAUCUUUGACAUGCUGCGCCACUUCCACACGCAUCCCAUCCCGCUGGAGUCGGGCGGCGCGGCCGACAUCACCCUCCGCAGCUACGUGGUGGCCCAGAGCCCACAGCCCGACACCGGCCCCCCGCCACCCCUCGUGUCGCAGCCCCCCAGCUGCCGGGUCGACCUGCCACCUCCACACUACUUCUGCAGCACAGCACCCACAGGCCCACCGGUGCCAACACCCGCUGAGGGGGUGGCCGUGACCCCCACUGUCCCGGUGCCCGCACCCUACCACCGGCUGGAGGGUGCCCUGGGCCCCCGGAGCCGCAGCGACAGCGCCGAGCGCCGGCCGGAGCCUCCUGCCACCGGUGCCGAGGACUACCACGAGGCUGACAGCGCCCGGAGCCGCACCCGGGCGGUGGAAAACCAGUACUCCUUCUACUGAGCCCCCGUGUGGGGCUGCAUGGUGCGGGGAGCGGGGCAGCCGUGCCCCUCGCCGCUGCACCGGCCUCACCACCUCCUCCUGCCACCACCAGCCACCCAGCCGGGAUGUCCUCCUCGCUCCUGCUGCUUUUGGGAGCUGUGUCAGCGGUGGGUAAUGUCCCAGCUGGACCUGGCGCCAGCCCCAGGGUUGGGGUAGUGUUGGAGGUGUGGGAGGCUGAAAGAGUCAGUGCCAUUUUAGAGCUUGCAGCCUCUUCUCCUUCCCUCCGGACCAAGAGCUUUCCCAGGGCUGAGCUGGGCUCCCUGCAUCUCCUCCUGGGUGUGACCAUUGUGGGAUGGCACCCGAAGCUGUGACAGGCUCCAUCCUCCAGCCAAAGCACCUUGGCAUGUCCCCUGUGGGGCGAGAGCCCAGCAUGGCCAGCAUCCUUCUGGCACCAUUGCCCUGCAAACCAGCUGCCGAGGGACUUUUGGGAUGAGCAUGGAAAUGUGUCAGAUGUCCAUGCAGAAACUCUUCUCACACACAUGGAGCACUGAGAGGGUGCUGCUGCAGAGGCCUGAGGGUUUAUCUGGGCUGGCUUUUGGGCUCCCUCUGGGGCACGUGUUUCCUACCCUCUGACAGAAGAAGGUUUUUGUCCAAAGCUUAAUGAAUUGCAUUCAAGGAAGGGUU